CUAGACAAUCCAUGGGAACUUGCAUACAUCUCCUAUCACUUUAUUAUAUUAUCCAUUCAUUGUCUUGCUGUCUGUCUCUCCCCCCUCUCUCAAUUUUCUGGGUCUAGUUCGAGAUUCAUUGCUGCUCGCCAGGGUUAAUGGUGACUAGUUCCUCCAGUCCCGCCUGUCACUGAUCGACGUACUUGGAUCGUCUACCCUGCUAUCACGAGAGCAAUUUGCGACUCUGCCAGUCUAUUGACUGUCGACAGGUCGAAAGAUACUUAUCGAAGCCCAUUAUCGUUGUUCCUCGCGCCGGCGCGGAUAUUCCCAUAUUCUUCCCCAGCAACUGCUACAUAGCGCAUAACAGCGCUACUGCCGCUGUAUCUCUUUUCGGUCCCUAGGUUUCAUUAUAGAACACUAUCAAGGCACGAAAUUGCGAUGUCUCUGAACGAAUACAAGAAGAGUGGCGCGUUGCCGGUCACAAAUCCAACCUCACGGCCCGCUUCACGUUCUGCUCCGCCAAUGUCAACAUACUCCAUCUCUGCACCAAGUCCACAGUUUAGGUCCACUACCCCAAACCCUCCAAACAAGGACAAGCCAUUACCACCUCCACCACCAACAGACAGGAGAAUGUACCCGACCAUCAACCCCUAUAAACAGCCCAGAGCAUCUCCCGUUCCGCCGACAGCUAACUACCGCGGACCAUCUCUCGAGAAAGCAUCAAAAAUCCUGGGAACGAGCACGCUACUUACUACACAUAUCUCACAGGUCGCGCAGGGGCCCAGAGUCCAAAAGGCGAAUCAACUCCUGGGCUUAACAGGCGAGGAUCCUGUUCAGGUACAUAGUCACCGCCGAACAGAGUCAACAAACCGAUUCUACCAUACUUCCAGCUGGGAGAGUCCAGAUUCUCUUUACAAAGAGCAAUAUUAUGCAGCUGCCAAAAAUCUUGAGCCCGUUUUUAACUCGAAAGCCGAAGACAAGAGAGAAGACGUCCAAUGUGUCAGAGGGCAUCGACGCGACUGGGAGUCAUCAAGCACUCAAUCGUCGCGAACACGAUCGGACAGUUCGGGCAGUAUGGCUUCUGUCUCCUCCAAGAGGCCCUCCCAACGAAAAAUGUCGUCAGCAUCACAUGUUCUCCACCGCCAGAAAUCUUCACUAUCCCGAAUUCCCAGCAGUCCGUCCUCAGUAUACUCUGCAGGUCUUGACUCAUCUGCACCUGAUCUAGACAGCGAGAUUGUCGAAAGUCAAGCUUUCUGGGCCGCCCGUCCGCUUACUGUAACAAGAUCAGAUAGUGUAUCAUCCUCACUCGAGACUGAAGGACUGAUGCCGCAGUCUCUCAACAUCCGUCGGCGAAGUAGAUCUCUUGCCGACUUACAUCACACGGAAAAAUUACCUCCAUUGUUCGAACCACUGCCCCUAGAGGCUGUGCCGGAAUGGGCAACAACAGCACCACAGGCCGUCGAUACCCAGGUAGCAGGCCCGUCGAUGCAAAUAGAGGCGAUAAAGAAUGACGCCACAGCUGUUCCGAGAGCGAGUAGCCCAUCGACACAGUCGCUUCUAGAAGGAUCAAGUCGCUCAGGAUCCCGAUCCGAGAUGAAAAUAGCUUCAAAGGUCAUGAAGCGGCUAACGUUGACGAGGCAGGGUACGUCUAUCCAAGACGAACCCCAGGCGCGCCAAUUUGAGCGUCCCCGUACCUCAGUCAGCUGGGCCAGAGCUUAUACAACGGUCAAAUCGUUGGGCAAGGAAAAGAUAUCUGUAGACGAAAUCAUCCCAAUGCGUGGUCCAAACGCAGUCCCAGCCGCCCAGCAAGCAGAAAUGCGAGAGCGUCUGCGCCACGAGAAACUUGGGUCGAGGGACAAGAUUCCCAAACUUGACAUUACCGCCUUCAAUGCAGCAUUGGCAUCGCGACCACUUGCGCCCACUUCGCAUGUUUGCAGUAGUGAGACCCAAAUGGGAAAGCGUGAGAUGCCGAGCGACACUUCCAACAGCGGAGCUAAAAGUAAUACGCAGAUCAUCGUCCCUACGUCGUCAGGAGCUAGAUCGCCAUCAAUUAAAAUUGAAGAGUCCCAAUCACACGUGGCGGUAGAAGUGGACUCGAAUGAGCUGUACGAGGCUGGAGUGUCAGAGCCAGUCAACCAGUCACAAACUUCUUCGGGAGACCAGUCCUUGCUUACGGUUCAGAAAGAGGAGCAAAACCGAGAUAGCAGCUACUACAAGUCGAGAAUAGCUGCGGCAAAUUCUCUUUUCGAUAAGUUCAUCCAGAAUCCAGAUGAGCACCAAGUCAAGCUUCAGCAACUCAUUGACGAUACCCGGCAUGAACGCAAAACGACGAUUGAAGGGGCUGCACCGCUUGAGACGUGGUACUCGAGACAACAGUAUGAGACUGAAGAGUCCACAAAAGCUUCUGAUGUCAAGACUUCCGAGCACCCAAUGCCGAGUCAGAUGCCAUUUGCGCCGGCUCUCCAACCCGCACCACAUACGGGCAUAUCUGCACCAAUAUCGAGAUUAGCAGCUACUGCGUCAAGGCAGAAUAUUUCACUACGACUGGAUACGCGACUUCCCCCGUCUCAGCACACGGUAAAUCGAAAACCCUCUCGACGCGGCUCAAGACAAGGCAACAGGGGCCGUUCCCGGGGCGUCAGCAAGAAUGGUAUGCGAUCUCCACGCACACCGGUCACCAAGCAUGGGAAGGGUGCGGUGUAUAGUAUAUUUCCAGUCAACAAGGCGACCACCAUUAAGAAGGCUGCCUCUCUACCGACACAAACUGGACCAGCAUCGUCCAACAAUAUCAUCGGGCCGGGGGAGGCAGGUCAGUCUAAUGCUGCUACAUCGAUUCGCUCGGGCAGUCUAUCAAAUCAAGUACUUUCGGCGCCUCCACCUGCAAGCUGCACCGCGACAGCAGCUCCAAUGGUCAGUCAUCAACCUGUACUACCAACUCUAGCACCAACUGUAUAUGUACCACCAACAAAAAAGACUAUCAUAGACGUUCCUCCAGCCACCACCACUACCGCAGUCACGACCUUUUCCCCUGUCAGCCCUGGGUUUAUAAUACAACAACACUCCCCAUUGCUCGCUAAGAACACACCAGUCAUGCAACCAAGCGCCUUUGAACCUUCUAUAGCUGAUCUCGUAUCUCCAACUGCCGCUGUCGUCCUCGAGCAUGCAUCCACAACCGACGACGCGCCCUGGGGACCCGAAUCCCCCGUCCUUCCCCAGCUCGAAGUCUCCAUGGAAGACGACGAAAACAGUUGUGACGACGACGCAGUCUCAGUCAAAAGCUACUCCCACAUCGCUCCUGGUAUCGAAACACCAAACUACCACUCUCUCGACUGGUGGGAGCUCUCUCCGACCUCCCUUGGAACUGGCACACCAGAGCUCGAGGGCGACGGUCCAGGUGUGCGGUUCUCACAUGGGCACGGCGGCCGGACGGUCGCGGAGAUCAAGAGCUGGCAGUUCGAUCUGGACGACGAGCUGGCAAAGUUGCGGAAGUGGGACUGGACCGACAAGGGCCAUAACCGGAUGAUGUUCACACUGGAUUUUGACGCACCGGCUCACGCACCGUGAGACCUUUCCACCUCAGUUGUUGUUCUUGUCGCCAAAAAUAACCGAGUUCCACCGCGAAGGCCAUGAUAUCUUUUACUCGUUUGUUCGCGUUUGCCACAUACAUACAUGCAUACAUACCCUCAUGCUGCAUUUCCCAGGCUUGGUGCAUAUCCCUGCAUUUGUAACGACACCCAAUCA